UCUCCCAAUACUUUCUCCGCCAUGGAAGCUCUGGACUUCGUCAAGCUUCAUAAUCUCUACGCCUAUUUCUCCUCCAUUGUUGAAACUGCAUAUCCUCUCAUUCGCUCUCGUAUCUAUGGCGACGAUCAGGACGAAGAUUCAUUCUUCGAUUUGGAUUUCAUCUCUCCUCCUUCUUCAGGAUCUGGAGAAUCUCCUGACCGGAGGAACCUCUCUCUCUCGGGCGAAAAUGAACUCUGUUUCUCUCAACGGAAUCUUCUUCUCUCCCAAUCCGAUCUCAUCUCGAAACGAAAAAUCCUUCCGAUUGAACUCAGUUCGAAGCCAGAGUCUCCGGUUCCAGUUUCGAUUCCUAAAUCGGCAUCUAGACUCUCGAUUUCCUUGUUUAAGAAGCCGAAAUUAAUGGCGAAACAGAGGACGGACGAAACAGAUACGCCGUCAUCUCUCAAAUUACAGAGCACAGAAAGCAAACGAUUCACUUUCAAACUGAACAGAGUUAACAGUUCCAGAAACAGUAAUCGAAAUGACGCAUCUGAGCGUCAAUCCAAGAGAUUCUGCGGAGAAGGAAUGCGGAAGUAUCUGAAAUUAAUCAAGCCUCUGUAUGUGAAAGUUUCAAGAAAACCUAACUACAGUUCGUCCCCGGUAUCAUCUCCGGUGACUACGACGGCUACAUCGUUCGAUGAAAAGCAGAGGAAUAUUUCGAUAGGCAUCCGAGUGGUUUGCAGGCGUCUAGGGAAGAGUAAAUCGUCAUCUUCAGCGACAGGAAUGGCUGUAUCGCCGACGAAUCGGAGAGACGAUUCGCUUUUGCAGCAAGACGACGGGAUUGAGAGCGCAAUUUUGCAUUGCAAAAGGUCAUUCAGCGCUACCCGAGAUGAUGUUGAUGGAACUUGUGACGAUAACCAAUUCGGGACUGACGAUUUGCAGAAGGAGAAGGCGAGAAAAGAUGUUUUCUCAGAAGCCAAGGAAGGCGAAACAACGUUGAUGAAGAGAGAGAGCGUUUGAAAGUUUUUUUUGGGUUUCGCCGUAAAAAAAA